GCACUCACACUAUCGACCGCCGGCCGGAAAGUGCACUGUCGCGGCUUGAUCAAGAGGUUCUGGCGUCAACUAGCAGAUCAUGAUUGGGUGGUCUCAUUCAGCUCAGUCAGUCAGCCCCUUCAGCUGCUGGAACAAGAACAGAAUCGGACGUUCACACCCGUCAUGUGUCUGGUGUUUCCGCGCCAUGCGCUCGGGGCUCUCACGGCAAGGACUUUCAACAGCGGCAGCCCUUCGCAGGCUUGCUCACCCCUUGCGGGAGUCCUACUCACGGAUGACUUAUAAUACCUGAGCGCAAGGAUAAUCUAGAUAGAGUGUGAGCGAAGUACUUCAUUAAGGUCAUUACUCAGGUACUAGUAUGUGCCCCUGUACCUUAGCUAGGGGAUGUGUAGGCUAGGCCCUAUUAGAAUAGCUUAACUUGCGUCCCUAUAUACUGCCUAGAGCACAGUGCGACGACCCGACGCAGGACAACGCGAGGCUCAGCAGCGCCUUCCACGAAUGGGUGGCCUCGAAGCUGAGAACAAGGACCCCGAAGACUUCUACAACCCGCGAUUCCUCGACUGUAUCAUCAUCAACGAGGAGUCCAUACGGUCACUCGUCGCUCUUGCCGAUGAUACACCGCCUUUGAUGGUCUUUGCAACCUGGAAAGAAAAGCUGUGUUUUGGACAUAGCGGCGGUGCUUUUGUGCGGUUGCUCGAUAGUCGCGCCCACCUAGCGCAGCAUAUGAACACGAACGAGGACUAUGAUGGCAAGGUGCUGGUCAAGUUAAAAAUGGCAGACAUCCGGUCAGCAUGGUUCUUUAGGCAGAAUAGAUACGAUGGGUGGGAAGGCUUGCCUAGUGGGGAAGGGGACGUCAAACCUCACAUCGUCAUCCAGGCCGCACCGCCCAGCGCAUGCAUGAUGUCCACCGUCUUCUUGUCUGCUCUCCACAAAACCCUUGGCAGCAACAACUUCGCAGACCCUGGCGACAUCUUGUCACGGUACGCCUGCAUCCGCGAUGAUAACCUCAUCCAACUAGAGCACCUCCUCACCGCGUCGCAAGACGUCGCCUCUCUUCUCAACACUGUUGUAGAGCCGAGCUUCGAUCAAGAAAAUGCUGGAGGCUGGGGCACGCCGCUGCAGUUCGCGAUAUGGAUGGGAAACCUCGAUGCCGUCCGCAUGCUCCUCGAUGCCGGUGCUGAUUCCACUCUUGCCACCCGCGUUGCGCUCCUGGAGGACCACGGGAAUAAGGAGCCGCUUAUGGUCGCCAUCGAAGGCGGUCAUCGUUCCGUCGUCCAUAUUCUCUGGAGACUGGCCGGGCCUCCUCCUCCGGAGGACACAGAGGAGCGACGAGAACUGAUCGGCCAUGCUGGUAUCGUGCAGGAUCUUCUCACAUGGCGAGACUGGGGCCAGUACGUAAACAGACAGAUAUUGGACGUCGGCGUCAAGCUUUGGCGGCUCCAUGCCGUCGAUGAGAUCCUCCGUCUUGUUUCCUACGACCAGGAUGACCUGAACAUGGCGUUGCACCAUGCGGUGAAUCCACGGGAGGAGUAUGAUGGCGAGAUCUAUCCCAAAAUCACACCGGCCGAAUACGUGAACCAGCAGGUGCUCAUAGAGCAUCUCAUUGACGCUGGGGCGGAUCCAAACUUUUGUAGAGAUGGCUACGCACCACUCGUUAUUCAAGCCGCUGGGGCCGGAUCUGCAUUUUCAGGGGCUCUUCGAGUGCUCCUCGAGAAGGGCUCGGACCCAAAUACGGCGGAUCGAGAUGGCAACACAGCACUUCAUAUACUUACCCGGGGUACCAGAAGCGUCAACCCAACCCCGAUUCACUCGCGCCUGACAGCGAUACGCUUCUUGUUGACUCACGGUGCGGAUGCUUGUCUUGCUAACAACGCAGGCGUCACCGCUCUUCAACUCGCUGCCCAAAAUGCUCCGGAUCCCUAUGACUUUAACUAUCUUCUUCACAAGUGCGUUAGCUCUGGCCGGACAGUGGACGCCUUUGUUACCGAGUCAAACGAGUCUCUGCUCCAUUUUGCGGCGCUCGGCGGCAAGAGAGAGACCAUGGAGAUGCUCAUCUCCUCGUACAACAUGGAUAUCGACAAGAAGACGCACACCGGCUGGACACCACUCAUGUACGCCCUCCUCCCUAAACACCAUGCGCAUAAUAGUCGUGGCACGGGCACGCUCCACCAAUCUAUACGCGCCGCACGAUUCCUCAUAUCCCACGGCGCGGAUCCUCUCAUCACCACCGACGAAGGUUGGACACCCCUUCACGCUCUCUCCCUCCACUUUGAUCGCGACGAGGACGGGUCCGCAAAAGCCCUCGCCUUAGAUCUCAUCAACCGCGGCGCCCCGGUCAAUCCACCUCAACACGCACUACCCCCUCUGCAGAAAGACCAUGCCAUCAGUAAGAGUUAUAGGAAGUCGCUAGACGGUUGGCGGAAAAGCCCGCUGUUGCACUGGGCUGCGCAGCAUGGCGCUGUUGAUGUGGUUAAGGCUCUGCUCGAGCGCGGGGCGGAUGUGACGCAGGAGGAUAAAUAUGGGUAUACAGCGGUUGAAUUAGUUUCCGAGUCUCACUUUGUGAGGGAGCCUUCUUUACGGGGUAGUGAGCAAUGGGGGGAGAUGGGUAGCGUGGGGAAGAGGAUGAUGGAGAUAUUGGAUGAGGCUGGUAGAUGACAUACCCUGGAGUCUGGGCCCUG